AUGAAGAAGGUUAUUGGUCAAACUGUUAGGGACCUUAAAAGAGAAGUGAAUAAGAAAGUGCUCAAAGUUCCUGGCAUUGAGCAGAAGAUUCUUGAUGCUACAAGCAAUGAACCAUGGGGUCCUCAUGGAACACUUCUUGCCGACAUUGCUCAGGCAACCAGAAACCCCCAUGAAUACCAGAUGAUCAUGUCAGUAAUCUGGAAAAGAAUUAACGACACUGGCAAGAAUUGGCGGCAUGUCUACAAGGCAUUGACAGUACUGGAGUAUUUGGUGGCUCAUGGUUCUGAGAGAGUCAUAGAUGACAUCAGAGAACAUGCUUAUCAAAUAUCGACUUUGUCCGAUUUUCAAUAUAUUGACUCCAGUGGAAGAGAUCAAGGAAACAAUGUCAGAAAAAAAUCUCAGAGUCUCGUUAUCCUUGUGAAUGAUAAAGAAAGAAUCGUAGAGGUUAGGCAAAAGGCUUCUGUUAAUAGGGAAAAGUUUCGUAACAAUACACCAGGUGGAAUGUAUAGACCUGGUUCACACCCAAGCAGUGGAGGCUAUGGUGAUCGGUAUGACGAAGAUCGUUAUGCAAGCAGGGAGGAAGAUAGAAAUGGCUAUGGUUAUGGAAGAGAAAGAGAAAUGGGCUCUAGAGAUGAUGAUCGGUACAGUCGCGAUGGAGAUCGUUAUGGUAGAGAUUCUGAUGAACGUUAUAGCCGGGACGGUUACAGAGAUGAUGACAGGGGAAGAAGUCGAAGUGUUGACUACCAAUAUGAUACAAGAAGUAGGAGUUCUGAUAGAGAGCGCGAUUUCGAUGAGGAUGGCCAACAGUCGUCUCGAGGCAGCAAUGCUAAAGUUGAAGACCAAUCACUGGAAGCAAGACUUCAGCGGAAGCUUUCUGAGCAAAAUGUGGGUGCUCCUCCUACAUAUGAAGAGGCUGUUGGUGAAGUUCGGAGCCCUGUGCAGGGUGAAAGGGAUGUUGAACCUUCCGUAGAAUCUGCUCCAAGAAGCUCGUCCCCUCAUGAAAGUGAUAAUCCUAGCCUAACCUCUGCUCCCACUGGAUCUUCUCCUGUAAGCAAUAAUCCAACUGAAGUAACUGCUGCUACCAGUACUGCUGCUUCUGGAACGCAGGAAACUGAGCCCACUGAUGAUUUCUUUGACCCGCGAGGCCCUACAUCAGCUGCCCCAACCACAUCUAAUUAUGGUGAAAUAGACUUGCUUGGUUCUCUAUCAGACUCAUUCUCUUCAAAUGCACUGCCUCCUGUGCCAGAUACAUCAGCAACUGCAACCCCUGAAGCAAACACUGGUUCAACAGCUUCCUUUGCAGCUCCAUCAUUUGGGUCCAAUAAUUUCAAUCAGUCUUAUGAAGAUCCAUUUGGUGAUUCACCAUUCAAGGCCGAUACUUCUGCUGAAACUGCUCCAUCUCAACAAUAUGCACAUCAGAGUAUUGAACCAUCCCAAGAUGGUUUUAAUGCUGACACAAUGUCUAACUUUGGGUUUGGGGACUCAUUUUCUAUUGUACCGUACUCUGCAUCUGCUCCCAGUGACACCCAACCUUUCUCUGCUAGCUCCAACUUUUUGUCCCAAGAGUCAUUAUCUCAACAACUGGAAACUGAUAUUCUUGCUGACAUUCUUCCUCCUGCACCAUUACCUGAGAUGACAUCACAGCAAAACAGUUUCUCAGCUGCAACCAGUCAACCUGCACAAACCCUUCCCAGUGGUCAAUUUCCCCAGCAACAACCCUUUUCAACUCCUAAUUCAUCUUUUCCAGCUACCACCAGUCCAUAUACACAAGGACAGCCACCCUUUCCUUCUCAUUCUGGUCAACCUGGCAUGCAUGGAUUUUCAUCAUCUACCGGCCAUUCUAUGCAGGCACCUUAUGCUUCUCAAGGUGGUCAAUCUGCACAAUCAAGUGGUCUUACCUAUGGUGGAUUGUACUCCCUGGAUACAUCUCUUGCUCCCGGAGCUCCAAACAUGUAUUCUCAAUCACAAAAUGGAUAUAAUGGGUCUAUGAACAGUGGGAACUACUUGCCACAAGGAUCCUCUACAGGAUUUCCUUCACACAUGACUCCCCAAGCUCCAACACCACAACCAGCACAACAACCGGCACAAAUCACAAACUUUCCCCAUCAUGGAGGAUCUACCGGUUCUCCUUCCCAGAGCCAGGGCUUCUUUGGGCAACAAGGGAAUGCAGCUCCCUUAAGUUCAUCAUAUACCCAUCAAGCCCCUGCUCCUAAUGCUUCACCAUAUGCGGUUUCAACGACAUCAAAUUCUUUAGUUUCUCAAGCUCCCUUAAGUUCAUCAUAUACCCAUCAAGCCCCUGCUCCUAAUGCUUCACCAUAUGCGGUUUCAACGACAUCAAAUUCUUUAGUUUCUCAACCAUCCAAGGAUAAGUUUGAGACAAAAUCAACAGUUUGGGCAGAUACCCUUAGCAGGGGGCUUGUUAAUUUAAAUAUAUCUGGACCUAAAACUAAUCCAUUAUCAGAUAUUGGGAUUGACUUUGAGUCCAUUAAUAGGAAGGAAAAGAGACUGGAAAAGCCCACUAAUACACCUGUAACAUCAACCAUAAAUAUGGGUAAAGCUAUGGGAUCAGGUUCAGGCAUAGGCCGUGCUGGGGCUGGUGCUCUCAGACCUAAUCCAAACUCGAUGAUGGGUCCUGGUAUGGGCAUGGGUAUGGGUAUGGGCAAUGCUCCGGGUGGUAUGGGGGGAAUGGGUAUGGGACAACAAGGUUACCCGAUGCAGCCCCCUACAGGAAUGCCUCCUGGUUCCAACAUGCCAGGAAACUAUAAUAACAACAUGAUGGGUCCGGGUGGUUAUGGUCAACAGCCUUCCGGUGGUUAUGGUCAACAGCCUUCCGGUGGUUAUGGUCAACAGCCUUAUGGUGGAUACAGAUGA